UUAAAAGAAAAACGUAUGGAAUUGCGCAUGAAGGAGAUGAAUUUCUUUUCAGCUGUCCCUUUAGCAUAAGGAAUGUGUUGUGGCAUAAUAACAAAAGUCAAUCAGAAUAUUUCACUGUCAGGCUUUGCGACAUACUGGACCAACAAAUGAGAUUAUGGUUGAGGCGUGUUGAGAUUUGAGGGAGUAAACUGGACACCGUAAAGUGGUUUUGGCUCUGAAAAGCCUCAUCAUGUGUGCAUCAGUGAAGUAUGGUUCCCGGGGUCCUGCACUCAUACCCCGUAUGAAGACUAAACACCGGAUAUACUACAUCACCCUCUUUUCUGUAGUCUUACUGGGGUUGAUCGCAACAGGGAUGUUCCAGUUCUGGCCUCACUCCAUUGAAUCCUCUGCAGAGUGGAGUCUGGACCGUCGUAGUGUGCAUGAUGCUCCUUUGGUCAGGAUACCUGUAAGCAGCCCUAUUCCUGAGAGGGGUGACCUGAGCUGUCGAAUGCACACUUGCUUUGAUGUGUAUCGCUGUGGAUAUAAUCCCAAGAAUAAAAUCAAGGUGUACAUCUAUCCUCUUCAGCGAUUUGUGGACGAGGUCGGGGUGCCCAUCAGCAGCACUGGUCUGUCUCGAGAGUACAAUGACCUUCUGAGCGCCAUCUCGGACAGUGAUUUUUACACUGAUGAUGUAACCAGAGCGUGUCUGUUCUUACCCUCCAUUGAUGUGUUGAAUCAGAACUCUCUGCGGAUUCGUGAAACCGCUCAAGCACUAGCGAUGCUGCCUAGGUGGGACAAAGGAAUGAACCACCUGCUGUUCAAUAUGCUUCCUGGGGGACCCCCUGAUUACAAUACAGCUCUGGAUGUGCCGAGGGACAGAGCCCUGCUGGCUGGUGGAGGCUUCUCCACUUGGACAUACAGGCAGGGUUAUGAUGUCAGCAUCCCCGUGUAUAGCCCUUUAUCUGCUGAAGUGGACCUUCCUGAGAGGCAGCCAGGGCCCCGACGCUACUUCAUUCUGUCAUCUCAGACGGCCAUCCAUCGGGAAUACCGUGUGGAACUGGAGAGGCUGAAGGAGGAGAAUGGGGAGGCCCUGCUCCUCCUAGAUAAAUGCAGUAAUCUCUCACAGGGCUUGGCUUCGGUCAGAAAACGCUGCUAUAAAGGACAGGUCUACGACUACCCACAAAUCUUACAGGAGUCAUCAUUCUGUGUGGUUCUGCGAGGGGCCCGCCUCGGCCAAGCCACGCUUAGUGACGUGCUGCAGGCUGGAUGUGUCCCUGUCAUCAUGGCUGAUUCUUACAUUCUGCCUUUUUCUGAAGUGCUGGACUGGAAAAGGGCGUCUGUUGUCAUUCCAGAAGAGAAGUUGCCAGAGAUGUACACUAUUUUGAAGAGCAUCCCUCACAGACAGGUGGAAGAGAUGCAGAGACAGGCCCGCUGGUUCUGGGAAGCCUACUUCAGCUCCAUGAAGGCUAUUGGCUUGACCACUCUCCAGAUCAUUAACGAUCGCAUCUACCCCUAUGCAGCUCGUACCUACGAAGAGUGGAACAAUCCUUUUGUAGUUAAAUGGUCAAGUGUGAACAGUCCACUUUUCCUUCCUCUCAUACCCCCACGUUCACCUGGGUUCACGGCUGUGGUGUUGACCUACGAUCGAAUCGAAAGUCUCUUUAGGGUCAUCACUGAGAUCUCCAAGGUGCCCAGCUUGGCCAAACUACUGGUGGUGUGGAAUAACCAGAACAAGAGCCCCCCUGAAGAGUCACUCUGGCCCAAAGUCGCAGUACCUCUUAAAGUGGUUCGCACCAAAGAAAAUAAGCUCAGCAAUCGCUUCUUCCCGUUUGAUGAGAUCGAAACAGAAGCUGUCCUGGCCAUUGAUGAUGACAUCAUCAUGCUGACCUCAGAUGAGCUGCAGUUUGGAUACGAGGUAUGGCGUGAGUUUCCAGAUAGACUUGUUGGAUAUCCCGGACGGCUCCACUUAUGGGACCACGAAAUGGGCAAGUGGAAAUAUGAAUCUGAGUGGACCAAUGAAGUGUCAAUGGUGUUGACUGGAGCUGCGUUCUAUCAUAAGUACUUCAACUAUCUCUACACAUACAAAAUGCCCGGGGACAUUAAGAACUGGGUGGAUGCUCAUAUGAACUGUGAGGAUAUUGCCAUGAAUUUCCUUGUGGCCAACAUCACUGGCAAAGCCCCAAUAAAGGUUACUCCUCGGAAGAAAUUCAAAUGCCCGGAGUGCACAGCCAUUGACGGGUUGUCCUUAGACCAGACACACAUGGUGGAGAGGUCUGAGUGCAUAAACAAGUUCGCCACCGUGUUUGGCACCAUGCCUCUGAAGGUUGUCGAGCACCGUGCCGAUCCUGUACUCUAUAAAGACGACUUCCCAGAGAAACUCAAAAGUUUCCCCAACAUUGGUAGUCUGUGACACUACCACAACUUUCUUUCACCACUUUUAUCUCUCAAACAGGCUAUGGGAACUCCAGGAUUUCUCUCUCCCGUUCUGUAUCUGACCUAUUGACUUUCGAGGAGUGCCGUUCCAUUAGUGGUGUAAUGGGAAAUUAUGCACUGUAUAACUUAUUAUCAUGUUUUCACUCUUGAGGAUGGUUGCUGAAGCAGGACGGUACAUCGAGUCGGAUGAUAAUUUCUGUGAGGACAUGUCAGAGCUUGGCUCGGUCUUAAAUCUUCCUUGUGGUUGACACUAUAUCUGUUUGAUGAAAGUGAACGCAUAGAGAUGAAUCACAGCCCACUUGUUAAUAGUGGAGGAUAUAUAUAUAUUAAUGUAAUUUUACAUUUAUAGUUUAACUCAUUAUUAUUUUUUUUUUAAAGAUAUGCAUUACGCUGAACAAAUUGUAGCAUAACUUGAACUGAAUAUCUCAGAUGUUGGGUUGGGGCCAUUAGUUUGUACGUGAGAUAUUGUUUUGCACAGUCACUGUUAGUGAUUUUAAUUCUACGGUUUGAGUUAUAUCAGUUUGACAUUUCAUUUUAUAUUCGGUUGCUGACUUUUUGAAUGUUGCUGGAGUAAAAAAAGUAUUUUAUAUAAAUGUUCCCUAUUUAGUUCAACUCUUGUCUGCCUAAUUAAAGCAUAUUUUGGGUAUUACUAGAUAUUAAAAGACAAUAUUUGCAGAGUUAUAUACUGUACAGCUGAUAACAAUAUGGUUAGAUGCCAUGAAGUUGCAAAGAACUCAUUCUCAAUGUAUUCUAGUCACAUUUCUUUUUGAUAUCUUCAUUUGUUUGAACCGUUUUGUUUGUUUUUUACGUUAAGAUGUAUUAUAUGUAAUAAACAGAGUGUGGAAAAAAGAAAUACUUAAUUUAGAGAUGUGCAUUUUGACUAUGAAAGUACUUUUUUUUCUAUAUACAUGCAUUUUUGACCAUUGCAUUGCAUCUUGGUGUUUUUAUAGCAUCUCGCAAUGUGAGUGUGGCAUUUUUAAAAUGGUUUGUUUAACAAAAUUAAACAAAAAAUGUUAUACAAGAACAUUAAUUUGG